AUGUGGUAUCGUCUUACUGUACAACGACAGAUAGAUUGUUGGAAGCCACACUGUAAAGAAAUUAGAGGUUCAGAGUGUGAUUUACCUAUUGGUGAUUUCAUAUGGUCAAUGCCGAUUGAGGUCAACACCAUGCGUGUGCAAGAACUAUGCCCUACAAAAGUUACAAAUCCAAAAAUCUUCGACUUUGGUAUAUAUUCUUAUGUUGUUCAGUCCAAUGUGACAGGUUCAUCCCAUAUUUUGCGAAAGAUGUCGCUAUCUUUCUGGUGGGCUCUAAGGAAUUUAAGUUCUUUUGGUUCAAACCUCAACACGAGCAUGGAUACGCUAGAAAACUUCUUUUCAAUUGUAAUAUCUAUAUGUGGCAUGGCACUUUUUUUAGUAUAUCUCAAUGCAAGAGUGCAGGAGUCACAAUCAAGGUCAAAUCAGCAUAAACUGAAAGAAAAGAAGCAAUUGAUGAAACCGGAUAUAGAUUUGUGGUUAUCUAAAAAUGAUCUCUCCCACGUGACCAAGGACUCUAAGGAUCUGAAGACAACGACGAAGAAAAAGACUAUAAAGACAACGAUGAAGAAAAAGACUUUGAAGACGGUGCCAACGCUUGCAAAUUUGAAUGCCAAAAUGUUGAAAAUGAUUUGUGAGCAUCUGAAGCCAGUCAUUUACACCGAAGAUAACUACAUUGUUCAAGAUGGGAAACCACUUGGUAUGAUGUUUUUCAUCACGCAAGGACUCACAUGGAGCUACACAACCGAACACAUCAAUGGUGGAAGAACAAGCUUUGAUUCUUCAAGCAAUGAGUGGUUAAAGAAAGGUGAUUUUUACGGAGAAGUGCUGUUGAAUUGGGCAUUCAAGUCUCCCUCCUUCUCUGCUUUACCAAUCUCCACUAGAACUGUUAUGUCUCAAGAAAAAGUCGAAGCAUUCACUUUAAGGGCUAGCGACUUGAAGAGUAUAGUCUACAAAUUCUGGUGGCAUUUUACCAAAGAGCUCGAGCAAGUGGAGCUAGAACAGUGGGAGAACGCAGCAGCUUCUUCAAUACAAGGAGCUUGGCGCAACCGUUUGGCAAAGGCUAGGCAUUCAAAUUUCUGGGACAAAUUUACCGCCCAUUAUUACUGUAUAUUAUGUAAAUACUCUACUGAAACAAAGAUUUUCAUUUUGUAG